UUUCUAGCCAUUUCCCUUUUUCCCUUCUUCCUCAUCCCAUCUUCUGCUUCCAUGGUCACUGCCCAGCACCUCCUCUUCUUCCUCCCCGUCCUCCUUUCCUCCCUUUCCUUCGUCUCCUCAUCUCCCUCGCCCACAUCAUCGGCACCAACACCAGCUCCAUGGCCGAAGCAGUUCCACUCGGUUCUCUUCAUGAACUACAGCGGAGCGCUUUCGCUGAUUGACCUCUGGUACGAUUGGCCGAAUGGCCGCAAUUUCAACAUAAUCCAGGACCAGCUCGGUGGGCCGCCGCUACACGACCUUGAAUGGAACAAUGGCACCUCCUUCUUUUACACUCUCCCCAACACACCCUCCCCUAAAUGCCGCUCCGCUCAGCUUCCCGUCGGCAUCCUUCGCCCUAAUUGGCUCGACGGCGCCACCUACCUUGGUCAAGUCACCAUCGACGGUUUCCUCUGCAACAGCUGGGAGAAGGUCGAAUUCAUUCGAUAUUACGAGGAUGUUGCCACCCGCCGGCCCGUUCACUGGGUCUUUUACACCGGUAGGGAAGCUCAUGUGAUGACCUUCGAGGUCGGAGCAGCGCUCAACGAUGAAAAGUGGCAGGCGCCGGCUUACUGCUUUGAGAAGAGAAAGGAAGACGAAAAGCUCCAAGACAUUGCAAGCACUGAAGCUUUAGGGGAUAUGACUCGGAGUAGGUUCCUAUGACCAUAUGUUUUAUCAUCCAUUGCCGUUGGUUUAAGCUGUCCCUGUAGCUUAUAACUGAAGCGGUAAGUAAACAAACUGAUUUUCUUCUCAAUGUAUUGAACACGAAGAAGUAUUCGGUUCUGUUUCCAAGAUUAGUUUUUU